CAAUUGUCCGUUUUAAUCUUCCUUUCCCUAUAUAUAAGAGGAUAACAAACUGCAAACUUGUGUCUAGUGUCAAAAAUUAAGAGAGGCAUCCCUCUCGUUAGAAACAUGAUAUAUCUCUUUACAUGUCUCCUCUCAUUCUUUCGAAGCAAACCUCGUGUCAUGAGAUCAAAAACUCUCCCUCUUAAUCCUGCCGAACUCUCCACCAAAGCCCUGGUGUUUGAUGUGGAGGGGGGUCUUUUGAGAUCUUCGUCUUCCUUUCCAUACUUCAUGCUUGUGGCCUUGGAAGAAGGAGGGCUCUUGAGGGGUCUUAUCCUCUUGCUUUCUUAUCCAUUAGUUUGUUGUCUAAGUCAAGAGAUGGGGAUUAGGGUUAUGGUGAUGGUUUCCUUUUGUGGAUUGAGUAAGAAAAGUUUUGCGGCAGGGAGAGUUGUUUUGCCGAAGUUUUUGUUGGAGGAUGUAGGGUUGGAAGGGUUAGCGUUGAUGAGGAGAGGAAAGAGGAGAGUUUGUGUGAGUAGGAUGCCAAGAGUGAUGGUGGAGUGGUUCUUGAAGGAGUAUUUGGAUGUGGAGGUGGUAGUUGGGAGAGAGCUGAAGGUGUUUUGCGGGUACUACACUGGUUUUUUGGAAGCGGGGGAUAUUGAGGCGGUGAAACAAGAGGUUGAUGGUUAUGUUGGCGUGUUGAACCUAACCACUAAGCCUUUUCAUAUGCCACUCUUCUUAUAUAUACAAUAUGAUCUUCCUACAUUUUCUCCCCCAUUUGUCACAAGCAUCUCUCAUUGUUUUUGUCAAGAACUAACAAACUUUUACUAUCUCUUGGUCCAGGAACUUUACAUUGUAAGUGAAGCAGAAAAACGAAGGUGGCACCCUUUGCCCAGGGAAAAAUACCCCAAACCCCUCAUCUUUCACGAUGGCAGGAUCGCAUUCAGACCCAACCCCAUCAACACGACCGCAAUGUUCAUGUGGCUUCCUCUUGGGCUCACCCUAGCCAUCUCCAGGCUAAUCAUAGGCCUCACUCUCCCGUACAAUAUCUCCACCCCUCUCUUAGCAUCAACCUCCAUGAAAUGGAGGCUCAAGGGAACCAUCCCACAUUCUCUCCUCUCCAAAGCCCACCUCCUGGUUUGUAACCACCGGACCCUCCUCGACCCCGUCUACAUCAACGUCGCCCUUAACAAACCGGUGUCCACCGUCACCUACAGCUUGAGCAGAGUCUCCGAGAUCCUAUCGCCGAUCAAGACGGUCAGGCUGACGAGGAAACGUGAUGUUGAUCGUGUUGCGAUGGAGGGAAUGCUGAGCUACGGACACAACCUCGUGGUGUGCCCGGAGGGGACUACUUGUAGGGAGCCGUAUCUUCUCCGAUUCAGCCCUCUUUUCACGGAGUUGGCCGAUGAGAUCGUGGCCGUGGCCGUGGAUGUUAGGGUGAGCAUGUUCUACGCUACGACUGCCGGAGGAUUCAAGGGGUUUGAUGCGUUGUUCUACUUGCUCAACCCGAGUAUGUGCUAUGAGGUUGAGUUUCUUGAGACGGUUGAUACAGGUUGCGUUAGGAGAGGGGAGGUGAGCAGCACUGAUAUGGCUAAUGUGGUCCAAGGAGUGAUUGGGAGAGCUUUGGGGUUUGAGUGCACCAAAUUGACACGGAGGGAUAAGUACAUGGUGCUUGCAGGGAACGACGUGAUUGUUGAGACAAAUGAGAAGAAAACUAAGGGGUAAAGAAAAGUACGAAAUGGGAUUACGUAUACGCAUAUAGUUCGGGUAGUGAAAAAAAUUGCAUUGCACGACGUUUUGUUUCAACUGUAAUUUUAUUGUGCUUAUAAUUUCUUGAAUAUUUACAUAACAAACGUCGACUAUACAAUAGAUAUCGAUAUAUAUUCUGCA